UCCAUGACAAAAUCUCAAUGUCUCCUACAAUUCUGUGAACAUCAUGAACAACCCAGGACAGUGUUUUCAAUACCUCAGGAUCAGUGGAGCGUGGGGCCAUCCAGGUGUAGCCCAGGUGACCCAGGUGUCGCCCAGUGUGUCCUGAACCGGAGCCCGUGGACACGACACAUUAGAGUAGCGAUGACCGUGCGGGUGACGUGUCCGUGUUUUGGCCGCAGACUUGCCUUCUGAGGCGGUGCUGAAACUUUUCGGGGAGUACUUCUUCAGCUUCUGUAAGAUGGCGGGCUAUGACACCAUGCUGCAUAUGCUGGGCGGGAACCUGGUGGAAUUCAUUGAGAACUUGGAUUCUCUUCACAGCUACCUGGCUCUCUCAUACCAGGAGAUGAACGCUCCGUCGUUCCAUGUCGAGAAGAGGGACGAUGGUAGGAUGUUGCUUCAUUACUACUCUGACUGGAAAAGCCUGUAUCACAUUGUGCCAGGCAUCGUUUCAGCGGUUGCUAAAGGCCUCUUUGACACUGAAGGGAAGAAAGAGCAUGUGGUUUUCCUGAUCUCUCAGAGCAUCAGAGGGUUAAAGAGAGAUUUCUGCCAUGAAAGAGGCAUAAAUGAGCUUUGGAAGGAGACCCUGGAGAGGGUAGGAGCCAGGUGUACCCUGCCCUGCUGGGAAAAGAUCACACUGGGAACUGCCAACCUGCGAAUGUCAUUCACACCCUGCUACCCGGAAAAGCUUUGGAUCGAGGAACAAGCAUUCUGCAACGCUUUUCCUUUCCAUAUCGUCUUCGGUAAAGAUCUCAAGGUGAAGCAGACUGGGGUUAACAUCCAGAAGUUUGUCCCUGGGCUGCAGACAAUGGACAUCCGUCUGGAUAAAUACUUCAGCAUCGUCCAUCGGCAAGUGACCUUCAACAUUGAGCGCAUCAGGAUGUUCAUCAACAGCCAGUUUGUCCCGAAGACCAGAAGGGAGAUGGUGCCUCUGGCUUCUCAGUAUCAGUCCAUGCUCAAACUCAGAGGUCAGAUGGUGUGGAUGGAGACUCUGGGCUGUAUGAUGUACCUGUGUUACCCGAAGCUGCGCAGCCUGCAGGAAUUAGAGGAGAAGGGUCUGCACAUCUCCGACAUGGCCCGGCAUGACACCAACCAGGACCUCAUCCUGCUCAACCAGCAGCGUCUGGCAGAAAUAGAGCUGUCCACUCAGCUGGAGCACAAGAAGGAGGAACUCGGGAUCCUCUCGCUCCACCUUGAGGCAGAGAGGAAGAAGACAGAGACUCUGCUAUACGCCAUGCUACCUCGCCAUGUAGCCAACCAGCUGAAGGAAGGAAAGAAGGUGGAGGCAGGUGAGUUCCAGGUGUGCACCAUUCUGUUCAGUGAUGUGGUCACCUUCACCAACAUUCAGAAUGUCAACAUGCUCAACUCCAUGUACUCCAAGUUUGAUUGUCUCACCAGUGUCCACGACGUGUACAAGGUGGAGACUAUUGGUGAUGCCUACAUGGUUGUGGGUGGGGUGCCCAUCCCAGCUGACAGCCAUGCAGAACGUGUGGCUAACUUUGCCCUCGGGAUGCAUAUCGCAGCCCGGAAGGUGUCUAACCCUGUCACUGGGCAACGCAUCCAGGAGGACAUGAGGUCUUGGCCCACACCUCCUGAGUACCAGGCCCAAAAGAUUUGUUGCUGCUCCUGUCCAAAGUACUGAUUGUGUUGAAGAUCAAGACGAUACCUGACGAUUCCAGCUGGCACUCUGCUCGGUUUGUCCCUGUCCUUGUCCAUCUGCUCAUGCUUCUGACCUGGAUUAGGUUUCAUAGACUCUAUAGACUGAACUCAGUAUCAUAGAGU